AAUUAGAUUUAGAAUUUUCAUAAACGUACAUCGCAUUGUGCGAAUUAUGGCUGGUCUGGAAGAACUUGGUAUCCCGGGGGGAGAAUUUCUUCGGGAGUCUCUUACAAACUGCGCCGACCCUCUCGCUGCGAUAGAGGAGUUCCAAACGGACAAUGGAAUUUUGUUACCAUCAUUAAGACCUGCAUUGCCCUUUGUAGAUUUACAUGAUAUUAAACGCCUUGAUUUUCAUUCUUCAGUUCUGGAGGAGUUAAGAGAGAGACUAGUACAGCAGAUUUCUGAUGUAGCAUCGGGAGAAGAUGAAGAAAGAUAUAAAAAGCUAGAGAGCCUUUUGGAAAAGAGUUUUCCUGUAAUUAAAGUUAAGAGUCUCAGACCUGUUGUAAUGGCUAUCCUAAAACAUCUGCCAAAAAUCAAGGAUGAAUAUUUAGAAAAAAUAUUAGAGGAUAAAGAGCUGUAUGCCGAGGCAGCCACUGAAGUGAAGAGACAAAUUUGGUCCGAUAAUCAGGCUUUGUUUGGAGAUGAAGUUUCUCCGUUAUUAUCUCAGUACAUCAAAGAAAAAGAGAAUUCUCUGUUCUCCCAUGAAAACAGUUCCCAGACUUUCUUCUUAGCAUCACCAAAAUUAAGAAGGCAGAGUGAAGUUGUACAAAGACUUGCUGAUAUGGUUGGCAAAAAUGUUAAAUUGUAUGACAUGGUCUUGCAGUUUUUGAGAACUCUCUUUCUUAGGACAAGAAAUAUGCAUUAUUGUACACUAAGGGCAGAACUUCUAAUGGCUUUACAUGACCAGGAGGUCAACGAUAUCUGUUCUAUUGACCCUUGUCAUAAAUUUACGUGGUGUGUUGAUGCUUGCAUAAGGGAUAAAUUCAUUGAUAGCAAGAGAUCUAGGGAGCUUCAGGGAUUUCUGGAUGGAAUACGAAGAGGACAAGAGUUUGUUCUAGGUGAUUUAUCCAUGGUGCUCUGUGAUCCAUUCUCUAUGAACACAGUUGGUCUCUCAAUGAUGCGUAAUUUACAACACUGCAUCAACAGUGAAGUCCUACCCAGGGAGAGUUCUGAGAUAGUCCUGUUGGUGAGGAUGAUGGGGUUGGGGCUGGGUUCCUGGGAUAUGAUUGACAGCCAGCUGUUCAGAGAACCCAAACUGGAGUCAUCAUUGUUCACCAAGUUUUUACCAAUGAUUUCUUCAUUGAUGGUGGAGGAUCAUGCUAGGGUGCUGAUGACCAAGUUACCUGAGGAACCACCCCUCAGCUCCACCCCACCGUCUGAACUCUUCCUGACCUUUGUCAAGGAGAACCCUAUCGCUAGCUUCACAACCCUAUAUUACUCUCUUCAGGUGACCAGAAUGAAGGACAGAACAGCUGCCUGUAACAUCAUCCCUGUCCUCGUCCACUGCGAGAAUGAGCGAGCGUACGAGGACACAUUCCUCCACUCUCUCAUUUCAUUCCUCAUCGCCAUGUCCGAAGAAUUUGCUCACGAUGACUUCUGCAGUGUUGUCUUUGAUGAUUUUCUUUUGCCUGGUAUAUCAAGAGAAAAUGUUCUGCGUCAUCUUCUUCGUCUGUUAUGGUACAUCCAUCCAAAGGUGCCAUCUGGUCGUCUACAGGCUGUACUGGACAGCACUGUGCCAAACAAUGAGCAUAGUGACUUUGUUCACACUACAUAUCAUCAACUGACGGAGAAAAUAAAUGCUUAUCAACCAAGUCCCGCUACUCCGCAAGAACAGCUGGACUCGCCACUGAUGAGUGUGCCCACCCCCGCUCCCCUUUAGGACUGUCAGUUUGUCUGUCCACACCUACACCUAUGUAGGUCAGGAAGGAAAAAAGUGGUCAAUUCAAUGAAAAUACUCUCCCAUACAGCUGCAGCACUUCUCAUACAAUUUUGAAGCAUUCUAGUUACUAUUUCAUUUAUGUCAUUUCAAACUGAAAUCAUAGAAUUCAGCAACAGCAGUAAUCAUGCCCUUGCCAUAAAAUGAUCAGGGCAUUUAGUGUUACCCUUUUCCAUCUGUCAUAGUUUUUUUUGCUUUGCAUUAGAUAAUCAGCUGCAAUUGUAACCCUCUCCGAUUUUUUUUUAUCUGAUAUUUUCAGGAGAGUGCUACAGUUCCACAGGAUCUCUGUAAUGGUGCAAAUAUAGUUUUUUAGAUACGGAUGACUGCAGGCAAAAUAAAUUGCUUUUGCAUUCAAUUACUUCCUAUGUAAAGAUGUAAUUCUUAUUCACUAUCAACAACCUAGCCCUUAUACAGUUAAACCAUGUAAAAUAAAACUACAUGUUUACCAGUUGAUUAUCUUCCUCAGCAGCCAUGACAGUUUGUGAGAUGUAUUGAAACUUGCACUUGAAAUUUAGAAAGGCUUGAUCAAGUAAAUGUUGGUGUUCAUAAACGGACAUGGUGUAUGGUUUCAUCAAGCAUUGAUAAAUAAAAGCAUGUAAUAUUUUUAUCAUAAACAGUGAUAUUUAUGCUUAAAAUAAGGGAACUCCUUUAUAGAUCUGCUCCCUAGAUCCCAAAUUCUCAUUGGUUGUCGCAAACUUAAAUCGAUCAAGGUCAGUAAACAUGGCGGAUAAAUUCAAGUUGUGAUGUUGUCAUUCACAAAAAAAUAACCUAUGUGGAUUAUUCUAUAUCAGUUCAUGUCUUGCAUAACUACAUUUUUUGAGUUCAUGUAAGAAAUGUUAAUAAAAUAGCCACUUACUGAUAAUUUGAGCCAAAGUCUGUGCAUGAGUGAAUUACUCCCGCACUUGCAUUACUAUGGAGAUCCUAUGAAGUUAUAGCCAUCUCCCAAAAGAAAAAAUUGGAGAGGGCUACAUUAUUGCAGCUAGUAGAUAAUCAGCUGGUUUUUUAGUUUGAGUUUCACCGAUUCUCACCGGAGUUCUAAAAAUCUCUAAAAAUUCAGUGUUUUCCUGACUUUCUUCUCUUAAAAUAAGUUGUGGUACUGACAACUGAUGCAAGAAAAUACAAUGAACAAUAUGAUAUUUUGUUUCUGUUUCUUUUUCACCCAUUAUUAUUUUCAGAUUCAUAGACUUUUAAAUACUCAGAACUUAAAAAUUGGCGAGGGCAUUUGUGUGAUGCUGACACAUAUAGUGAAUGUAUUUAUCACAGUGGUCAGACAUUGUAUACUGAAUUGUACAGAGUUGUGCAAAUUUAGAAAAGUAUAAGAAAAGGUUGGAAAAUUAAAAACUUGGAAGAAGAUUUAUAGAUGUUGCAAUUUAUUUGUUAUAAAAUAGAUUUAUGACUCAUUUGAA